ACGUGCACAAGUGAUCGUAAACAUAUCAACACCCAUCGACUGCUGCAUUAGCAGCAUUCUUCCAGUAUUACGGUAGGCCUAAAGGAAAUUAAAGGUAAAGACAAGUUACACAACUGUUAAAGAGCUGAGCUGAGGUUAUUUCACUAGAUAGGCCUAUCAAAUCGCCAUGGGAACCACUACAGUUCUACUUCUUACAGUGCUGAUUGCAUGUGUGGCUGUUUUCAUCGAGUACCCAGCCCCAGAGUUCUCCACGCAGGUUAAAGAAUGGCAUGACACAGGCAAACUCUUCAAAUUCAAUGGUCACAACAUCUUUUAUAAAGAUGAAGGAAACAAACAAAAUGAGGAUGUCUUGGUCAUAUUUCAUGGCUUCCCAACAUGUGGCUAUGACUUUCACGUGAUUUGGGAUGGUCUUCUAACCCAAUUUGGUCGUGUUAUCAUGCCUGAUUUCCUUGGGUACGGCUUCAGUGAUAAACCGACAGACCACGUUUACAGUCUGUUUGAUAAAGCUGAUAUGAUAGAGGCUCUUCUCAAAAACUUGGGUGUUUCAAAGGUUCAUAUCUUGGCUCAUGAUAUGGGAGAUACUGUUGCUCAGGAGCUCAUACACAGACAAAAUAAGCUCUCUGAGAAGGUAUCUCGCUCCAAUAAUGAACUUGAAAUCGUCGGUGUUUGUCUAUCAAAUGGAGGAAUCAUACCAGAGACCAUUCAUCAACGUUUGAUACAAAAAAUUCUGUUGAAGCCAUACUUGGGGGCACUGGCACCCUACUUCACCAAUAGAUUUUUAUUUAUGAAAGGCCUGGGGGAAGUUUUUGGAAAACCUUCCCAGUCUACAGCGGAGGAAUUAUUUAACCAAUGGACUUUGUCAAGGCACAACAAUGGUCAUCUCGUUACACAUCUUUUGAUAAACUAUCUUCGUGAGAGGUAUAUCAACAGAGAUCGGUGGGUCCAUGCUCUUUCCGAGACCUCCAUUCCAUUGCACCUCAUCUAUGGUCCUGCAGACCCUGUGAAUCCAAAGGAUCCUUUCCUCAGCACUUACAAGAAACUAGUGCCCAAUUCAGGUGUGAGCGAGUUAGAACCUCACAUCAGUCACUACCCUCAGCUAGAAGCGCCCAAGGAAUACCUUGAUGCAUGUCUUCAGUUUUUCAAAUCUUUGCAGAAGUCUUGAAGGAUAUGUAUCUUUCAGCAUGCAAAUUAGUGAUGAAUGUGAAAUUCCAAAGUGCUCUUCAUCAGUUUUGAACAGAAAGGAUUUUAUUAUUCAAUCAUUAUUAAAUCAGAAAUUUCUUGAAGUGUACCUUCAGCUCAGGGUAUACAUAUGUCUACGAAGGCAUCCUGACAAUAAAAUCUCUUACUGCGAAGUAUGCGAAAUAUAAAAGUGCCUCUUUAUGAAGUGUUAUUAUACAAAUCCAAUCAUUGAAAUACCUGAGAGUGUGAAAGAAUAGGUGUAAAAUAUUCCAUGGAAUCUUGUCCACAUCAAAGGAUCUUUAGAUUUAUGUCUAUUUAUAUUUUAUGUGUCUGUUCAGAAAAAAUGUCAAAGUGUGACUGGCUAAAUUACUUCCUAUAGUGUAGUGUAGAGUGUGUACUUUGAAGUGCAGAAUCAUAUUUAGAAUUCAGUGACCGUAGUCAAGAUACUGUGAGCACUUUGUUUAGUUAUGUUGUAAGCCAUAAUUCUCUUUAUAAGAAAUAGUUAUUAUCAGUAAUUAAUUGAUGAUAAAUCAUAAUGGAAUCUAUUCUAUAACUGAUAAAUUAAAAAGGUCAAUAAGAAUGGUUGAUGACGAUGGUGAUCUUUCUGUGGUAUGUAUUCAUCAUUCAAUCAGAAGUUCAAAAUUGAAGAAGAAGAAGAUAUAUGAAACUGACAUAUUGCAUCUUCAUGUAUUUCCUUUUCAGCUAUUUUGUGGAAGAUUCAGACAUGUAUUGAAGGUCUGAAAGAGUUUUUGUUAUUCAUGAAUGCUUUCUUUUCUACAAACCAUUUUAAAAUAGCAGUGCAUACCUGUAAGUGACAUAACUUUGCUUUAGUUAUCUUAAAGAGAUUAAUGUCGUCUUUCCUCACUUAUUAAUAUUCAUCAAGUAUCCCCGUAGUUCUAUGGUUUCCCUCUGUACAGAUGGUUGUCAUAAGCUAAGAGAUGGGAACCUGUAUAGGGCAUUUGCUAGGUACAUAAAUAUAUACAAGAGAUGUGACUUUACUAAUAAAAGAUCACUUUCAGUCUACAUUAUGUCAAGAUCAUGCCUUUAAUAUACUAUUUAAUUGGGAUUUUCCAUUGUACAUUUACUACAUUGUAUUGAAAUGUGCCACAUUUGAUUGCCUAAUGUGUUCAUAUUGUAACUGAUCGAUAAUUAGAGCAAAUCAAGUAUUAUUGCAUAAUUGAGGUUGCUUUUGAAUAACAGCAAUAAUUAUAUUUCAGGAAAUCAGUACUAAUGUGAGUUUGUUGCAGUGUAUUUGAGUAAUUUGUAUAAUGAUGAUAUAUUAACUGUACAAUGAUUUUGUUUUAAUGUUCUUGAUUAAAAUUAGAAUAGGAAGACAAUAUGUUUACUUGUAAAAUAAAAUUGGUAUGUAAAUAUCAGUUAGAACAAUCAAAA